CCGCCCCCUUUCCCAGCAGUUAACGCCUUAUCAGCUGAUCCGAGAGCUGUCUGUAUGUGUAGAGUUUACAGAGUUCCCCUGAAGCUGAAUUCAGAUCAGCACUUAGAGGGGUUUAGUAAAGCUCAAUCCUGCCUCCUGUGAGGCAGCCCGAGGAUCUCACGUAGUAAAAUGGCUGAAAAGCAGAAACACGAAGGCAGGGUAAAGAUAGGACACUACAUCCUCGGAGACACGCUGGGAGUCGGGACAUUUGGAAAAGUGAAGAUUGGAGAGCACCAGCUAACAGGACAUAAAGUUGCCGUGAAGAUCCUCAACAGACAGAAGAUCCGCAGUCUCGAUGUUGUGGGGAAAAUUAAACGAGAGAUUCAAAACCUUAAGCUCUUCAGACAUCCACACAUCAUCAAGCUGUAUCAGGUGAUCAGCACUCCCACAGACUUCUUCAUGGUGAUGGAAUAUGUGUCUGGAGGGGAACUCUUUGACUAUAUUUGUAAGCAUGGAAGGGUGGAGGACACAGAGGCGAGACGUCUUUUCCAGCAAAUCAUCUCAGCAGUAGAUUACUGCCACAGACACAUGGUGGUGCACAGAGACCUCAAGCCUGAAAAUGUACUGCUGGAUGGCAACAUGAAUGCCAAGAUCGCUGACUUUGGUCUGUCAAACAUGAUGGCAGAUGGAGAGUUCCUGAGAACGAGCUGCGGAUCCCCAAACUACGCUGCACCAGAGGUCAUCUCAGGAAGGCUGUAUGCUGGUCCAGAGGUGGACAUCUGGAGCUGUGGUGUCAUUCUCUAUGCACUGCUUUGUGGGACUCUGCCAUUUGAUGACGAGCACGUGCCCACCCUCUUCAAAAAGAUCCGUGGAGGGGUCUUCUACAUCCCAGAAUACCUCAAUCGUUCAGUGGCCAGUCUACUAAUGCUCAUGUUGCAAGUGGACCCACUGAAGAGAGCUACUAUCAAAGACAUCAGAGAGCAUGAGUGGUUUAAGCAGGACCUUCCUUGCUACCUCUUCCCUGAGGACCCCUCGUAUGACGCCACAGUGCUGGAUGAGGAGGCUGUGCGGGAGGUGUGUGAGAAGUUUGAAUGCACUGAAGCCGAAGUACUGAGCAGCCUAUACAGCGGAGACCCUCAAGACCAGCUGGCCGUGGCAUACCACCUCAUCAUCGACAACCGGCGAAUCAUGAACCAGGCCAGCGAGUUCUACCUGGCCUCCAGUCCACCAACCGGCUCCUUCAUGGAGGAGGGCAUGCCUCUGCCACCAGGGGUCAAAGCUCACCCUGAACGGAUGCCCCCACUCCUGGCCGACAGCCCUAAGGCACGGUGCCCUCUGGACGCCCUCAACACUACCCGACCCAAACCGCUGGCGGUAAAGAAAGCAAAGUGGCACCUGGGCAUUCGGAGCCAGAGCAAACCCUACGACAUCAUGGCUGAGGUUUAUCGUGCCAUGAAACAGCUGGAGUACGAGUGGAAGGUGGUGAACCCCUAUCACCUGAGAGUGCGCCGGAAGAAUCCAGUCACUGGGAACUUUGUGAAAAUGAGUCUGCAGCUCUACCAGGUGGACAAUCGUAGCUACCUGCUCGACUUCAAGAGCACUGAUGAUGAUGUGAUCGAGCACAAGUCAGGGUCGUCGACUCCCCAGCGCUCUGGCUCUACGGCCGGCCUCCAUCGGCCGCGCCUCAGCAUCGACUCUGCGAGCGUGGCUGUUGAGAUGCCCCAGCUCAGCAGCUCUCUGCCGGGCUCUCUGACCGGGAGCACACCUCUCCUGGCACCGCGGCAGGGCAGCAACACCAUGGACUUUUUCGAAAUGUGUGCCAGCCUCAUCACUACCCUGGCUCGCUGAGACCAUCAUCUGAUGGUCUUUACCUCUUUACAGUCAAAAGGUGAAGGGUUAAUUUAUGGAUCCGGGGUGCUUUAAUGUCAGUCCCACAGUAGCGCCACAAACAUACGGUGACCUAAAGAGUUUUUGAACACAAAAGAAACACCUACAAAUAUAUGAAAGUCAUUGCAUUAUUUAACCAAUAAUCAUAUCAAAGCCAUCAGUCAUGAAAAAAUAUUUUUGUCAUCACUUCAUCAUGCCUCAUUUCAUAUAAUUAUAUAAUUCAAUUUUAUAUAUUUAUGAAUAAUGUAAAACAUUGCUUAGGUUUUUCACUAAAAUAAUAAUUUCUAAAUAUUAAUAUUAUGAAAUUUUAUUUUAAUUAUUUUUAAAUUAUAAAUAAUCGAUUCUGAUGUUUCAAUCAGUGUUUAUUUUUUAUUUAUUUAUUUUUGUUUACUUAAGUUGUUCUUUUUAACAGCGCAUUGUUUUAUUGUUUUAAACCUACCCCCCCACCCACAUUCAUUCUAUCCAAAAUCGUAUUAAGGGCCACUUUAGUCAGAGGUUCUACUCAUCAUCAAACUUUAAAUAAUAGAAAAACUAUAAACAUACUUCUGAUUCUAUAUACACUUUUUUUUUUUGCAAUAAGUAUUUUACAGUAUAUUUAUAUUCUCAUAUCGAUCACUUGAGUUGUAUAGUUUAGUUUAAUAGCUGUUGAUUGCAAUGACAUACCAAAAAAAAAAAAAAAAGUUUGUAAAUACAGAGCAAAGAUCAUUAUUUAAUUAUAUUAGAGAUUCUUGCUUAUUUUACAAAGAAUUCAUAUCUAUUCACAUUAUUUAAGUGUUAAUUUAUGGAGUGAAGAACUUAUAUUGAGUGCUCUGGGUUUGGCUUGCAGUCUUCAGAAAGCGUUUAUCAAAGAGAAUGUCACAGUGAAUCUCUGAUAAUACACACCAUCUGCAGUGGAAAAGCCUGACCGUGACCUCUCUGUGUCUGUCUCAGAGGCCUUGCUUGCAUCAUGGGCUGUGCUGCUGUCAUAGAUACAAAUACGCUGAAUGAGGGUAGACAGACCAGCCAAAGAGCUUCAGUGUUGUGCCUUGAUAUGGCUAAAAUGCACACAAAGAAUAGAGACGGGUGACGUAGAGAAUGUGCCAGUCAUUUUGUUGAUACGAGUGAGCCUUUCAUUAGACGGCCUUAAAAUAUUCCCAAUGCUUGAUAAUACAGAGAGCCAUAACGACCUUAUUAAAGCAUUUGUCCUGAAUGACACCUUCAGCUUUAUUAAAUGUAUUAUUUGUUUUAGAACCACUAUAUUAAAAAAUUAUUUUACAAAUAAUUUGACAAAAUUUAAGUAUAUUAAAUAAAUUACGAUGUUUAUGUGCACACACACACACACACACACACACACACACACACACACACACACACACACACACAGACAGACAGACACACGAGCAGUCAAAAUGCAAUACAUGCAUAUUAAAUAUAUCACAGUUUCCACUAAAUUAUGAAGCAGAACAGCUUUUUCAAUGAUUUUUGAAUUUUGCUUUUUAGGAUCAUGUGACACUUAAGACUGGAGUAAUGCUGCUGAAAAUUCAUCUUUGCAUCCCAGAAAGAAAUUACAUUUUAGAAUAUAUUCACAUAGAAAACAGUUCUUUUAAUUUGUAAUAAUGUUUCACAAUUUCUUACUGUACUUUUGACCAAAUAAAUGCAGCUUUGGUGAACAGACUGGUAGCAUAUUGAAGUAGACUUGCUUUAAACAUUAUAAAGGUGGUGUGUAUGUGAUGAGAACACAUAAAGUGACCCAAGCCAAGAGUGCGCCACGUGACCCCCCUUCCCUGGGAUGCCUUAAAUAGAUUGUGAACUUUGUUUCGAAUCGAAUAUGCUUGAACAUAUUUGUUUAUGUGUGUGGUUGUUUGUAUGGAGUAGAUCCAAUGUAUUUAUUAGUUACAUAUAUUUAUUCUUUAUUUAAGCUCACCUCUUAAGUGUUGCUUGUGAACAAACAACAUAAGUAGGUGGAUUUCAGUGGGGAUUCAGAAAGUGGAUUUGUUGUAGUUGUCUAUGUGCCAACGUGUAUGAACGGACAACUACAACACAGCCAGCCGGGAAAUAGCAGUGCAUGACUGAAAAUGAGAGGAGUGAAUACUAUAUGCAGAUUAUAUACAAUGAAAAAGCAUUCAAUCAAACCCGGCAGCCAAAAAAGAGAAUCAGUGGUUCAAUCAAUAGAUCUGAAUCGUUUGAACUAAUAACAAGCUAGAUCUCAUAGUCAUUUUCAUCUUCGGUCCUGCUGGGUCAUAAUCCAUAAAGACAAACUUUAUCACAAAUUGUAUUUGUAUAAAUGUGAUGGUCUUCCUGAAUCUACCACUCUGUCUUGUACUGUAAGGAAUGGUUGAAUGGCUAGCGUUGUGUGCAUGAGUAGAGCGUUUGUGUGUUUUGUAUAAGUAUGCUGUAUUUUUUUAUGAUACAUGGCUGCAGAUCUAACAUUUCAACUGAAUGUAAAACAGAAAGAUGAAAAGUUCUCACACAAAUCACUUCAUAUCAUCUAUAUGAAAUGCAAUAGAUAUGAUACCUCUAAAAAGUUUAACAGUUAAGUGGAAAGUACACUGCUGCGGGACAUUUUUUGUGUGAAGAUGGGACUGGAUUAUGGUGUUGUUUUCAUGGAAAAAAUAUUGCACGGUCUGAAAUUCCUUCCAGAAUUUAAAGCCUUUAUGCAAUCUUAACAUUUUCCCCACAAAUCCCAAGGUCACUCCUGGUCACAUUGAGCAUCAGCGUGAGUUUUUGGAAAAAAAGUGCUGAUGUAAAACUUGAGAAAAUAGUUUAGGGAGUAUAUCGCCCCCUGCUGCUGGACUUUGUUACUACAUUAAAGGGACAGCUCACCCCAAAAUGACAUGGUUUUUAUAAAUAGCUCACCUUCAUAUUGUUCCAGACCUGUAUGAGUUUCUUUCUUCUGUUGAAAACAAAAGAAGAUAUUUUGAAGAAUGCUGGUUACCAAACAUUUUAUGGUAGCCACUGCCUUUCAUUCUAUGGAAGUCAAUGGCUACCGGCAACUAUUUGGUAACCAGCAUUCAUCAAAAUAUCUUUUGUGUGUGUGUGUGUGUGUGUGUGUGUGUGUGUGUGUGUGUGUGUGUGUGUGUGUGUGUGUGUGUGUAUGUUCAAAAGAAUAUACAAGUUUGGAACAAGUGAAGGGUGAGUAAAUGAUGACAGAAUUUGUAUUUUUAGGUGAACUAUCUCUUUAGUAUCAGUGGCAGAUUUGUAUGGGAAUUGCAGGAAUGUGUGCACACUUCAUGCAGUUGUGGUUAGUGUUUGUCAUAUUUAGAGACCAGAUAGCAGACAGUUUAAAAUCUGAUAUAUCAGCUUUAUAGCUGUGUUUUGUAGAAACUGGUCAGAAACUUUAUGGCCUGCAUUAAUGCGACGGCAAUGGCUUCAUGUUCAGUGUUUUUUGUCUAUGUAGAGGCAUUUGUGCUGGAUAUUAUACCCUCUCUGUCUCUCCAGUGUAGUGUCGUAUGUGUGAAACAUGACAAUAAUGUGUUUUCUGCCUGUCCCCAAGCCUCUGCCUGUCAGUGUCUACAUGUCUGUAAUGUGUACGUGUCACUUCCUGUCUGUGUGCUGUUUGUAUUUUAAAAGUUAUGCACUGCAUGGUGUUCCUGUUCUGAUCUGCACUUUAAUUUUUGUUAAAAGAAAAAAAAAAGGGAAAAUAAAGCAGUAUAUGCAGUUUGAA